GCUCCUAACCACCCCCCACCCCCCCCGCCCCCAAGAGUCUUUUUGCACCGUCCUCGUCCCGUCUUGAUCUCAGUUUUGGCGUGCCCGAGACUCCGCUCUCGAGAGUCCUUGCCCAGGCCGGGGCGAAUCUGUGUGCGCCCCGCAACCCUGCGCCUUCGCUGCUGAUUAUUUAAUUUUCCCUUUUGAAAAAUAUCCCCCAAUCCGCCGCUACCCCCCCUCCGGGGUUCCGGAGCACCGGACUUCCCACUCCUCCACCCCCACGUCGCCUCCGACUGGGCCACUCCCAGCAGAGUUUUAUUUUUCGGUCUUGCCCGGGCCGAGCCCGGCCGGGGCGGGAGGCUCAGCGGGGCUCGCACCCCCGCGCCCCGCCGCCACCUCCGCCGCCCAGUUGCGCGGGGGACGCCCUCCGGAGAUGCUGCCGUGGAAGAAGCACAAGUUCGAGCUGCUGGCCGAGGCGCCGCCGCGCCAGGCGUCCAAGCCCAAGGGCUACGCCGUGAGCCUGCACUACUCGGCGCUCAGCUCGCUGGCGCGGGCCUGCCCCGAAGGCGCGCUCAGCCGAGUGGGCAGCAUGUUCCGCUCCAAGCGCAAGAAGCUGCACAUCACCAGCGAGGACCCGACGUACACCGUGCUCUACCUGGGCAACGCCACCACCAUCCAGGCGCGCGGCGACGGCUGCACCGACCUCGCGGUGGGCAAGAUCUGGAGCAAGAGCGAGGCGGGCCGGCAGGGCACCAAGAUGAAGCUGACCGUGAGUGCGCAGGGCAUCCGCAUGGUGCACGCCGAGGAGCGCGCGCUGCGCCGCCCGGGCCACCUCUACUUGCUGCACCGCGUUACCUACUGCGUGGCCGACGCGCGGUUACCCAAGGUCUUCGCCUGGGUGUACCGGCACGAGCUGAAGCACAAGGCGGUCAUGCUGCGCUGCCACGCGGUGCUGGUGUCCAAGCCCGAGAAGGCGCAGGCCAUGGCCCUGCUGCUCUACCAGACGUCGGCCAACGCACUGGCGGAAUUUAAGCGGCUCAAGCGGCGGGACGACGCGCGUCACCAGCAGCAGGAGCUGGUGGGCGCGCACACCAUCCCGCUGGUGCCGCUGCGCAAGCUGCUCCUGCACGGCCCCUGCUGCUACAAGCCGCCGGUGGAGCGCAGCCGCAGCGCGCCCAAGCUGGGCUCCAUCACCGAGGACCUGCUGGGCGAACAGCAGGAGCAGGCGCUGCAGGAGGAGGAGGAGGAGGAAGAGGAGCACAUCGAGGACUGCCUGGAGGAGGAGGAGGAGGAAGAGGAGGAGGAGGAGAGCCGUGCCGGGGAGGGCGAGCCCGCCGAAGAGCCGGAGGAGCAGCGGGCGCUGGGGGUGGCCAUGCACUUCGAAUGCGGGGACUUGCUGGACACGCUGGAGAGCGGCCAUGAGGAGGCGCUGGAGGGCGGCGGGGUGGCGCCGGGCCCCGGGGCUGGGCCCCCGCCGUGCCUGCUGGGCAGCGCCUCCGACGUGAAGGCCGAGCUGGCGCAGCUGAUUAGCGACCUGGGCGAGCUCAGCUUCGGCAACGACGUGCGCAGCCUGCAGGCCGACCUGCGGGUGACGCGCCUGCUGUCCGGCGAGAGCACGGGCAGCGAGAGCUCCAUCGAGGGCGGGGGCCCCGACGCCACCUCGCCCGCCGCCGCCUCCUCCGCCACCGCCACCGGUGCCAGCCUGGCCGAGCCGCCCUCGGGCUGAGCGCGCAGCACCUUCCCGCGCGGGCGCGCGCCCCCGCGGCGUCCCACUGUGACUCCCCGUUGGUCAUCUCCACCCGCUCCCAGCUCCCCCUGGCACUUUGGGCGUUGUUUCAAGCGGGGCUCCGGUUGCGGGGAGAUGGGGAGGGGGGAAUAGGCGCAGGGGAACCCCCUGCGAGGCCCAGGCAGGCAGCGAGGGGAGGGCCAGCGCCUGGGCUGACGUUGGCUAGUCCUGCAGGCCCGAGGUGCCAUCCGGCCAGUUUCCUGUUUGUGGGGCCUCUGGGGCCCGAGGAGGAGGGACUAGCUCCUCCCCCUCCCCCCCUCAACUGGGAGGGCCUCACACUGUCAUUGACCCGUCA